CAGGAGUGGAUGAGCCUCAAGCUUUAAAAGACAGUGAAGAUUACAGACGCAUUGCAACAUCACAUGUUCAGUCAGAAUACAGGCAAAACUGUCCUCAAGUGGAGGCUAGCAAAGCAAAACAAACAAAACAAAAGCACAAGGAGCCAUCAAGUAGAAAGAGAACCGAAAAGAAGAAAGUGAUUGAAAGCGGUGAUGAUGAGAUUCAAGCAAUAAUGUUCAACCAGAUGGUCGCAGAAGCUACGAAGCAAUCCAAAUUGCAGCAGUCUUCUACUCAUUCCAAGUCCACCAUAAGGUCUUUGAUCGAUGAUUCAAAAAGAGGUGAUUCUGUGUCUGAAAAGAUCUUGCCCCAACAUCCUGUGAGUUAUUCUACAAGAGAGGCAUUGAUUAACAGAAAUGCCACCUCCGGUGGACACGUGCUGGUGCAUAGUACAACAGAGGAUAUGUCAAAUGAGAGGCCUCCUUUUACAACAAAAGCUGAAUCAUUGAGUCGAGAGCUAUCGCCCUCCAGAAUCACUGCUCAGAUGCAGUCGGUUCUAUCAGAGAGUUACAAGCCCACAUCCCAAAGCCAAACCACCACAGUGGACACCUUCAGACAAAAUUUACUGCACUCGGCAUUGACAGGAAUGUUGAAUCAGUCCCCGGGCAGAGUGUCUCCAACUGCAACAAAGACCUCUCCAAAGGUUAAAGGCAAAGGUGUGUCUUCAUCCCGCUUACCUCCAAAGAAAGAAAUUGCUCCUGGGAUGUUCAGGGAGUCUAACAAGUCCCCACCAGAACAUAUUGUUAGGACAGCUAAACUGCCUCCUGAAAUGAACCAGCCUAGAUCAGUUGGUAGGUCUUCACCAAAGUUUGUAAGUGAAAAGCUACAAAGCCAUGUUGGUUUAGUAAAACAGGAUGCUGUUGUUUCCAGUCUGACCAGUCUCCAAAGUGGAUCCAUCGGUGUGUCGGUUGCUCAGACUCAUGAGCACCACCAUCCACCACCAGUGUACACUUCAGCUCAUGUUACCAGCGCAGGACCAACAUCUGUGACAGUCCCGCAUUCAUUUCAUCACCAGUCUCACUGGUCAAAGCUGGGUAUGGUGGUUCCUACAUCGGCCAUCACAUCAACUAGAGUGGCACCUGGUGUUCACAUUGUAGCUGCUCCUUCAGAGGGCAUUCAAACAGUUCCCAUACCUCAUCACCUGCAGAAAGUGAUUGUGCCUGUUUCGGCUGACAAUCCUAGAACUCUUUCGCCAUCAAGAGAAAUGUUGCUGGCAGAACAGCAUGAAGCUGAGAGGAGAUACUCCCCACAUGCCGUCAUCAGAAGAACGCCACCACCUGUUCCUCCAAGUGGCUGGAUUUCAAGUACAGCAUCUUCAGUGCAGCAUCCUAAAGCUAGGGCUUCAGCAUUGGCACAUCAAGUAUCUUCUCCUCAAGGACAACACAAGGUACCAUCACCGCACAGGAUACCAUCACCGCACAGGAUACCAUCACCGCACAGGAUACCCUCGCCACACAGAAUACCCUCACCACAUGGAAAUCAUGACGAUCAGUCUCCUCAGGGUUACAUGUCACCCCAAAGAGGACACUCACCAUACACUGUGCACUCACCAUACACUGUGCACAGAGAACAAGUAUCUCGCAUACAUCAAGACCGGUCCUCUCCUUUCAGAGAUACAGCAGAAGGGAAACUGCACACAAAGGAAGCCCAUGUCAUAUACAGACUAGAACAGCCUGUGUCACAGUCUUCCCCGAGUCAUCAGCUUCAUGACCAGAGGUCUUCCCCUCUGUCUGCUGGCUUUAGGACACAGAGUACAGCCGGGCAGGGUCAUAGGUCAUCUCCUGAUCAUCAGGUCCGACACGAAUCUUCAGUCAUCCCACCUCCUGCUCACAUAGCCUUUAUACAGAAGUUAUCAGACAAGUCAGGAGUGUCGAGGACUGAGCAGGCUGUUGACCUGACGAAGGUUCACAAGUACACAACAGCAGCUGCUGACAGGAAACAACACAAUCCAGUUCCGGCUUGUGUUGAAGGUCUGAUGGCUCUGUCAGGUCAGAUCCAGCACACUGUUACAUCGGGAAAGGUCAAUGUACCUGUUGGUGGGGUCGACCACGUUGCAUACGCCAGUGCCAACAGGGACUUACUUCAUCCAGUUGCAAAAGAUAUUCUGAAAGUACAUCAGCCACAAAGCUUGCCAUAUUAUCCAGCCAUUGUAUCUGGUGCUCUUCCAUCUGUGUCUGUAGUUCAACACUCCCCGGCCUCGGAAACGGGUCUCGUUCAGUCAGUGUCAUCACAUCCAGCAUCUGUGUUUUCACAUCCAGCAUCUGUUUCUUCACAUCCAUCAUCUGUGCAUCCCGUUUCCACACACACCAUCUCCAAACCCCAUGCUUCAAGACACGUAGUUUCUGUGCCGUCAAAAGGACCAUUGCCACCUCAUGUUAAUCCUUUUACUUUUCCACCAUCUAUUAAAGUUACUGCUGUUCAAAACACAUUGACCGUCACUAACUCUGUGAAAUCUGAACGGUCAGAUUCUGUGCUACCCAAGGAACAUUCUCCAAUGCUGGGCCCAUUUCUUUCACAAAUAAACACUGGAUCAAGACUGUCUCCUCAAAGUGAUAAAGAUGGUGGCAAUGAAAUGCCAAGACUUGUUCCUGAAGUGUCUUUGCCUGAUAAUAAAGACCAUGUCAACAAGUACUCUGACUUCAACCAUGUUGAUGAAUCAAGCAAUGAUCUACUGCCAUUGGAGAAUCCAUUCAACAUGAGACUUCUGAACUUGUCCAAUUUCCCCACAGCUAACCCAUGUAAAACAGGCUACCGUGCUCAGUCUGUGGCAGUUCUUAGGGCCAAGACUUGUUCUAUCACUAGUGCUGCAAAAUCUCUGGAUCUUCUUAGGCAGAAUUUACAGAAGUGUAUCAACAAGGAUAUUGAUAAAGUGAUUCAGUCUUAUAUCGAGAAAUAUUUCAAUCCUGGCAUUGCGAACAUUAAACUGAACAAUGGAUCUAAUGCUGUCAGUGAAGACCAUGUACAUUCAGUGUGUAGACAGAUUCUGGAAGAGGCUAAAAGGAUGUAUUGCAGUGAAAGAAGGAGCCUCACUCCAGUACAUGAUAUCUCGGACAAUGUGUCGGAAUCGGGCAGCACUAACGGCAGACGGUCCAAUUCAGGUUUUGUAAGAAAACGAAGACCAUCAGAUAGUAAUUCUGAAGGUGGUAGAAAUGAAACUGCUGCUCCAAAGAAAAAGAGAAAAGGAAGACCACCAUUGAAUCAAACAGGGCGUGGCACACCUUCAAAACUACUUAGAUCAGAACCCAUGAGACAAGGACCAAAAUGGGAACCUGAGAGACUGACAACUGAGAGUCUGUUUGUGAUGGGGGCAAGAGCAAACAAAGCUCUUGGUCUUGGUAAUACAAGAGGCCGACUGUAUAUAAAGCAUCCUGAUGUGUUUAAGUACUCUGGUGACCAGGACGACAAGGCGUGGCUGUACGAGCGUCAACUAAUGCCAGUCACAGGUGGCAAGGCGUACAUGUUGCUUGUGGAGGACAUCAAAGAUCUUAGUGAAACUGACGAAUACAGAGACAGUCCCAACUUGAUGAUGGAUGAGCUGAAGGGGUUCACCGUUCCCGAGUUCAUGAUUCAGAAGAUGCGUACGGAAAUGCUGGCUCUGAGAACCGACGUGGGAAGAAACAAGUUCCAGCGGAGUCGCUCAGGAACACCGGUUGAGGAACGUGAGACCAAGGAGUGUCCACAGGGUUUACCAUUUUCAAGUUUCAAUACACCAACAUCCUCAGGUGAUGUCAAGUCUGAAUCCAGGGUCUCUCCUGGAGGCACUGAAGAAAUGGAAUUCCUAUCUACUGCUGACAAUGAUGAACAAAAUGGCCAAGAUUUGUCUCCCUUGAACAUGACUAGUGCUUUUGAAGAUGCUGGGUCCCCGUCGCCGACAGAUUUAGACAGCUAUGAUGGAGAUCCACAACUGCCAGCAUCAUUCACCCUCAACAAAUAGACCAUUUAGAUCUCAAUAUAUUAGUUUUAAAAACAUUAUGUUCUAUUGUUAUUAUCCAGACAUAAUCCGGUAGAUCAAGUUUUAUUGAAUGCAUCUAACUCGGUAUAUAAUUUAUUUUUAGUCCACUAUAGAGGACUAUAGGUUUCAUCUCUGUCUAUCUGUCUGUCCCACAUGAAGUUUUGUGUAUAACUUUAUCAUAUACUGUUACAGAUCAAGUUUGACUUACCCAUUUUUCACAGAGUUAUAGCCCUUGAACUUAGAAGAUACACAAAUUUGUGGGUCCGGUGGGGACAUGUAUUGCUUUAAAAAUUAGCAGUACUCUCAAAAUGCUUGUUCUUUUGGCAAGACUGUGCUAUCCAGAUAUAUUCUUUAUUAACAAGACUAACUGAGAAAACAAGGUUCAUAGAAAAAACUUGUCUCUCAGUGAAUAUUUUAUUUUUUUCCUUCAUUAACACUGUACCUUCCAGAUACCUGUGUAUUCUUUAUUAGCUAGAUUAAUUGGGGUAACAAGAUAAAGAGAAUCUAGCAUCAGUGGCUGUUGGAGAUGGAAAAUUACCAAACUUAGAAAUAUUUUAUCUGUUUGUCUGGAAUGAGCAUUGUCGAGUUUCAAACAAAAUAGUUGUAUUGAGAUUCCAAGUCUCAACAGAUACAAGUGUUAGAUUAUUUUUGUUGUAUACCUGGCUACCUGUAUUUGUUAACUUAAAAAGAAACUACAUUUAUUUACAAAAUGUUUUCAUAUUUCAUUAAUAUGUGGAUACAUUUUGGUUGUAGAACUUAGUGACACAUGUUCAUAUAUUUUUUACUUAACUCUUAUUAAUAAAUUUAUUUUCCCUUUAAUUAAAUGUUUAUUUUAAAUUGAAAAGAAAUGGAAUGUAAAAUGUUUUACUGUUCAGUGAAACAGAGUAAAUGUUUUCUAAGGUAUGACUACUUAUUGUUGCAUGUUAUACUAUUAAAUUUUAUUUUUAUCUGAAGAUUGUUUUGUUAAUAUUUAAAAAGAUGUUGUGUAACUAAGUGAAGAAAUGUCAGUAGUUGUUGUAAAAUAGAACCAUGACAGGUCUGGUGAAAAUUAAAUUAUCUGUUAUAAAAUCAAGCAGUUUGCUGUUACUUAAAAUAAAGUCUAAUGGAAUAUUUUGAUCUUGCCUGCACCAAGUGCUAUAUUUUAUGUUUCUGUUUUGUGUUUGUAUAAGAUAUUUAUAAUCAGGGAGAGGCAUGGAAUAGUAUCCCCAUUAGAAUUAUAAUGCUUCCAGUAUUUAAUUAUUCUUUAAUUUGUUUUAGGCUCUUUACAUUUGCCUAACAAAGUCUGCUAUGUUUGUUCUUUGUAAUACUGUUUUACAUAAAUAGAGGAGAAAUGUA